AUGAGCGAUAGGCCAUCCAUACCGCAGACCCUGUGGGACCUGCAGGUCCCGGUGUACAUCACGCACACCAGCGCGCCCAACACGCCCUUCGUGGCCGCCGUGCCGCGCUUCAGCUACCUGGCCCUGCUGCUGCCGCGCCUGUCGUCCUACUUCGGCCUGCCGUGCUCCAGCUUCCACCACGAGGACGUGCUACUGCGCAACCUGGCCGUCGGCCUGCUCGUCGACCUCUACCAGCCGACGCUGCCGUGGCGGUUGACCGUCGGGGAUGGCAUCAGCUGGGACAUCGGGGAUACCUUUCUGAAUAGCGCCAAGGAGGCGGAUUUUGUACGGAAUGGAAACGCGCAGCAGAUCAUGUCGCUAUCCAAGGAGAACACGACAGCGCUCUGGAAUGCCGUGCAAGACAACGAUUACUCAUCCUACAACAAGGUGAACUCACGCCUGCUCAACACCUCACGUGAGCUCAAGAACGUCCCGAUUCGCGUGUACAUCCCGCACUCAACCCACGACACGGCGGCAGCGGCGACCCAGGCCGGUUCGUUCAAGGUGGUGCAGUCCCUCGUGCAGCCACGCGCCAAAGAACGCACCCCGCAGACCCUCGGAGCGGCCCUUCGCCUCCUGCUUCCCCGCCUGUUCCCCAGCAGCCGCGACCCGGUGCUGGCGGACGUGAUCCUGCACGGCGCCCACGUGCCGUUCAUCGCGCCCAUCGAGGAGCUCAUGCGCGAGGCUGCGUACCCGGACGGCUGGCUGUGUCUUGUUGUGGUACCGCUCGAUGUGUAG